UUUUCUAAAACAGAAGUCUAAAUGUUGAAUUCAUCUUUUAUAAAGUGCCAUGUCAGGAUGGACGUUAUUUGGAGCAGGAUUUUCUCUUGGAGUUCUUUUGUCUCAUCUUGCGUCGUCCCCAAUAAAGAUAUCUAAUGUUUGUUCUCAAACGAUCACUUUUCUUGCUGAUUUCCUAUCUUCACCAUUAUUGUCUUAUAAUCAAACAAAUACGCCACAAAUUAAUCCUGCUUUUGGUGUCUUACUCGGAUUAUCAAAUAUUGAUCGCGAAGAAGAAGAAAAAGCAGAACAAAUUUAUCAAAAAUGUUUAUCAGAUUUAAAAGAAUUUGUAAAUAGUGGAGGUAAAAUAGAUGAAAAUAUCAAGAGUACAAUUGCUGGUUCUGCGUGGUUUGUUGGUUUUUCCAGAGGCAAAGGAUCUGACGAAGAGAUUUUUGAAAUUGUUGAUAUCUUUGAAAAAGCUAUAAAAAUUGCAGAUACUGAGUAUGAAUGGACGGGAUAUUAUUUCCAUUUUUCGCAAGUGUACUCUCAUAUUUUACUAUCUGUUCUUUCAAUAAAAGAAUCAUCCCGCUGUCUUUCUGCGUUUAAUUCUCAAGUGCGUUUACAAAUUGAUGUUUUAACAUCUUCAAACGCUAAUAUGACAAAACGUCAUGCUGCAAUUAUAACUUUAGGAUCUUUAUUUGGCGUAAAAUUUUUUUCUUUUUCACAAACUACAAAUUCAUUUUUCCUUAAUUCGUCUUUCUUGACGAUGAUGAUACAAGUUGUAGAUAUUUUGCAAAAUAUCGCUGGACUUGGUCAGCAAUCUAUGAGUGAUGUAAAAGGUGGAAGACUAGCCACAGUUGUUUUGGCUUGUUUAAUGCAAGUUAUAGAGAAAAUUUCGGAAAUAGGAAACGAAUUUAUAGAAUCAAAUAGCUCGGAAGCAAAAGAUUAUUCAAGGUUACCGGCAACAAGUUAUUUAAGGGCUCUAUUUGAUGAACUUGUUGAAAUUUCUCGGAAAGGAAAUAUCGCAUCCUUAGCAUCAGUUGAAUUUGGCAGCUCGAUCAUUAAAUCUUUUUCAACUGUAAACUUGGUACUACCUUCAGUUAAUUGGUUUCCUCCUCUUAAAAAAUUUAAUACUCCGUUUUUUAAAAAAUAUAAUUUACAUUAUCAAAGUGUUUUAUUGGCUAUUCGACAUUGCGAUCAUUCAACUUCAUUAAUUGAAUUUCUUUUAUAUGCAUUGAAUGGUCUUCCGGAAAUACUAAUGAGUGAAGAUGAUGGAUUUAAUGAUAUGGGAUAUGGAAAAUUGCUUGUUGGUGAAGGACUUGGUAAAGUUCUAGAACUUUGUGGAUUUGAAGAUAAAAAAGUUAACAAAGGUGAUCAAGUAAUUACAAAACUUAUUCAAAAGCGAGUUAGGAAAUCCAAAGAUUGAGGAAUUACAAAUUAAUUUUCUUACAACGAUGAAUGAUUAUUUGACUACAACAAAUAUGAG